AUGUCUGGCCCUAAUCCGUCCUCGAUCGCCGUUGUGGCCCCUCCCCCCUCUCUAGUGGGUACGGGUACGGGUCCUACAGAUGGUGCGACAUCGCACUCCGCGGUGAGCACUGAGUCUGCGGGUACCCCACCCCCGACCGCGGGCCCUACCGAAACGACCACGAAUGGCGCGGAAGCGGCCGCGGCCUCCUCGAGUACGCAGCCCGCGUCGCCCGCGGCCACGCCUGGCCAGCCGACAACGCCGAAGAAGAAGACGCCGGGGGUGCUCAACCGUCGCACCGUCCGGGCCGCUACCAAGCUCCUCAAGGCACAAGCGAAGGCGAAGAAGCAGGCGUCCCAGAAGCCCGACCAACAGUCGCCGGCCACGCAGCCUGAGUCGCCGCCGCACAAACCCAAAACCUCGCCGCGCGAACCGCUCUCUGGACACGCUGUGGACGACGCCGCACUCGAUGCCAGUUGCUUGCAACUCGCCGCGGUGCUUGCCGCCGACCCAGACGCGAUCGACGACGUGCUCGAAGCCUUUUUGGACAAAGCUUCCAACACGUCCCGCAAUUCGCAAUGGUUCGAGCACCCAGUCGAGCUAGGGCCCGGAUACGGCGGCGAUGACGAAUCCACCAUGCGCGAACGGCUCGUUGGCCACAACAAGUCGCUCGAGUGGCAAGGCCUGUUUUCGAAGGUCGCGAUCAUUUUGAAGCAAUACGGCACCCGAGGCACUGUGCUGACGCUCGCGACCCAGUACCCGGAAGUCAGUCAGACGCUGACGCACAUGUCGUUCACGCUGACGCCUCCGGGCGGCCGCAUGUACCUCGUCCCGGCCAAGUCGGCUUACGCGCAUCACUACUAUGUCACGUUCCGCGACCUCGCCGACCCUUUUCUCCAGCGCGCCGCCUUCGUGGCUCUCUUCAAGCUGACCCGCAACGUCCUUCAAGGUUUCUGCCCGACGCAGAACGCCGUCAUUGCAGGUUCGUCCUAUCGCGUUCUGUUCAAUCAGACGGCAAUCCCUGCGGCAUUGCUGCUCGGCGAUGGCCAGACCGCGGUAUUCCACCACAAGGUCCAUAUGUACAACUCGACGUGCCCCCCUUCGUUGGUCGUGGCCCGCAACGAGCGCGAACUCCACCGCGAGCGUAUCGCCGAACAGAAAGCAGCAGCGGCAGCCGAGAAGGCAGCGCGCGCCGCCGCCAAACAAACCCGCAAGAACGCCAAUGACGCGCAACGCACCGACAGUGGUGCCCAGCCCAAACGCCGCGCGACAGACCCCGCUCAACGCCAAGACGCGGCCGCGCCGACUUCCUCCGACGCCGCCGCCGCCGUACCGCCUGGACAUGUGCCGCUUCAUUUGAAUGCUGACACCAUGCCCGACGCCGCCCUUGCCAACGAUUCCACCUCCCCAGACGCCUUUACCAUGGAAGGCGCCGGGCAAGACGACAUGGACCUCGGUGGCGCAGACGAUGGGCAAGACGUCGUCGUCACCUCAAUUGAUGCGAGCGCGGGACUGUACACACGGUCGCAGGUCGCCGCAUCGACCUCGAAUAUGUUCGACGCGUUCGCGGACACGGAAGAAGAAGAAGAAGAAACCGCCGACGCCGAAAUGGACCCAGACGCGACGGAUUUUCUCCCACAUUUCCGCGCGCGGACCACGCCUGCCGAGUCGCACGGUACCCGCAACCGCAGCCUAGGGAAGAAGAAGGUUACGGCGGCGGAGCUGGCCAAGCGGGCUGCCACGACGACCAAGAAGCUCAUCGAGGCCAAAUCGGGCGACGUGUCGGUAUGCACAGACCCGCGCACGCUCCUCGCCAUGGUGGAGAACGAACCGGACGUCGUCAACGCCGUCAUGUUCAACUGCCGCCGAGGCGGCGCCACCUCGUUCGCCCAGGCGCAAGCGAUUCGUCGCGCGAUCGUGCGCACAACCCAAGAUCCGGCGCUACGCGGCCCAGCUCUUGAUCAAAUGGUGGCAACUCAGCCGGCAGAUGCCCGCACUAUGGCCCAGAUGUUUGCGGCGGCCGUAGACGAGUCUGAGCGCGCGGCAGCGCUCGCAUUGGCCGGCCUGGACCUGGUUUUCCGCCUUCGAGGCCGGGACGUGUACGAUAACGACGCCCUACUCGCCCAGAUCCUCGGCGAGCCCGUACUGCGGACACCGGAAGGUCUACUGUCCGACAAGUCGCUAUUGGCGGUCGUCACACACCCGCAGUUUGCGCCGCAAUUCACCGCGCUCAAGAACCUGCCGAAAAUGGUCGGUGGCGCGUUCGACACGCUGCUGGCCCUCUUUGUGGACUCCGCACCGAACUGCGAUGUCGAGACGGGUGCGCUCUGUGCAGGCGCGCUCGCGCCUCGCUGCUAA